AUGGCCAACGCUUCUCCAGUCAAUGACGCCGUCGAGACAGAGCCGGUUCAGGUGAAGAUGGUCCCGGAAGUCUACAUCGAAUCCAACAAAAUUCAGCGAGCAAUGGGCAUCAAGAUACUCGACUCGCCGCAGAUGUCGUUCGCUAUCAAACCGAGUGGCAGCCAGCAGUUCAUCGACGUAGGCUGCGGGACAGGCGACUUUACACUCCAAGAACUGCUGCCGCGCUGCCAGCCCUGCCGUAGGAUUGUGGCCACAGACAUCUCCCGAGCCAUGGUGGAGUAUGCCGAGGAGAACUUCGCGCAUCCGCAAAUCGCGUACGAGGUGCACGACAUAGAAAGCGACAUCACGGGACUCAUCGAGAAGUACGGCAAGUUUGAGCGCGUCUACUCUUUCUGCGCCUUGCAGUGGACUGCGGGUCUCACCACCGCGCUCCGAAAUGUGGCCGGCUUGAUGACCGACCAAGGGGAGUGCCUGCUCGUAUUCCCUGUCCGCCUCCCACUCUUCAGGGUGUGGAGGAGAAUUGCGGAGAUAGAUCGAUGGAAGCCUUACAAAAAAGUCAUUGAGCGCUUCAUUCCCCCAAGCGCGGAUAUCAAAGAUAUGUCGAACCUGAACUCGUACUUGUUGGGCGUUCUUAAAAAUGCUAAGCUGAAGCCACGAAUGUGGCAAGUGGUGACCGAAGACCAAAGCGGCCUAGGGCUGGAAAAAAACAUAGAAUUCGAGCUUUCACUAGAUCCCGUCCUACCAUUGCUGCCCGAGGGAGAAAAGACGAAAUACAAGACCGACGUGGCGAAUGUUCAUCUCACGUUCUGGACAGAAAAGCCAGCUGGGGAUCCACAGUAUUUGUACGACAUAUUCGCCGUUCACGCCAGCAAACUUUGA